AUGGCUUCCAGACAGCAGAUGGCGCACCUGCGCAAGGUACCAGGUGCUUUGCUCCACGCUUCCCGAGCUUCAAGGCCACUUUUGCGACCUCGCAUUGCAACUGCUUGCUCUACUCCCAAGGCACUCGCACGAUGGGAGAGCACCACGAGCGCCGCCUGGGAAAGCCCGAAACCGACCCUCCGGACACCCGAGUUCCAUAGACUGCCCGACCUGUUCCCUAUCAAUGAGAGCUUCACCAAACGGCAUAUCGGCCCGGACGAUCAGGGCGUGCAGGAGAUGCUCCAGGCUCUUUCGCCCCCUGUCAAGUCGCUUGACGAAUUCGUGGAGCAAGUCAUACCCGCGGAUAUCCGGUCAACCAGGGAGUUGUUUGUGACUGAGGGAAAGCAGUCUGAGAGCGAAACCAUGUCGAGGGAGGGUCUCCAGGAAUGGGAGGUUCAGAAGAUCGCACAGGACAUUGCUGGGACUCCCAACAAGUCGGAGAGAUACUUCAUUGGCGAAGGAUACUACGGCACUUUGGUCCCUGAAGUAAUCAAGCGCAAUGUGCUCGAGAGCCCGGCUUGGUACACCAGUUAUACGCCAUACCAACCCGAGAUCAGCCAGGGCCGUCUCGAGUCCCUGCUCAACUUUCAGACUUUGGUGACUGAUCUGACAGCUCUCCCGGUUGCCAAUGCUAGUUUGCUGGACGAGGGAACUGCGGCAGCCGAAGCGAUGGCUAUCUCCCUGAACUCGUUGCCUACGUCGAGGCAGAAGCUGAAAGGAAAGACGUUUGUUGUCUCCAAGUCAACUCAUCCUGCGACAAUCAAGGUGUUGUGCGGACGUGCUGAAGCGUUGGGGGUCGAGGUCGCCAUUAUGGACGUUAACGAGUCCACGCUCGCCAGCCUGCAGGAGUUGGGCGAUAACUUGGUCGGUGUCAUGCUCCAGUACCCUGAUAGGUUCGGUAACGCUGCCGACUUCCGAUCGAUUGCCGAUGCCGUUCACAAGCAAGGCGCGCUCCUCAGCGUCGGAACAGACCUGCUCGCACUUACUCUCUUAACCCCACCGGGCGAACUCGGUGCUGAUAUCGUGUUUGGAAACUCGCAAAGAUUCGGUGUACCCUUCGGAUCGGGAGGACCCCAUGCUGCUUUCUUUGCCGUGCAGGAGAAGCUCAAGAGGAAGAUGCCCGGUCGUCUUGUCGGCGUAUCCAAGGAUCGUCUCGGUGGUCGUGCUCUUCGUCUGGCCUUGCAGACACGAGAACAGCAUAUCAGGAGAGAGAAGGCUACCAGCAAUGUCUGCACUGCUCAAGCUUUGCUCGCCAACAUGGCCGCAUUUUACGCAGUUUACCACGGCCCUGAAGGUCUGAAGCGGAUUGCUGAGAGAUGCAACCUUGCUGCACGGGUUAUUUGGGCGGCCGCUACACGCUAUGGCUAUGAAGCCCAGGAGCCGAUUUUCGACAACGUUACCAUCGACUUGCCAAACAUGGCUGAUAAGUUUUACCGUUUCGCAAAGGAGACUGGGGUCUACGUCAGACCAGUCGGCGAGAGCAAGGUUGCUAUCAGCCUGGAUGAGACAGUCACGGAGGAGGAUUUGACCAGACUUGUCCAGAUUCUUGGUGACUUCCGUUCCUGUCUGGUGCAGCAGUCGGCAAACUCUGGAGAGGAUUAUGCCUCCACUGUCAAGAGCUUGCUCGAGGAGCAGUCCGUCAGAACUGCCAACAUACCCGAGACGCUGAAGAGGACCUCCCCGUACCUGACACAUCCCGUCUUCAACAGCCACCACUCCGAGACAGAGAUGCUCCGCUACAUCCACCACCUUCAGUCCAAGGAUCUCUCCCUGGUGCACUCCAUGAUUCCUCUGGGCUCAUGCACCAUGAAGCUGAACGGUAGCGCUGAAAUGUCGCUCAUCACCCUGCCAGGCUUUGCCAAUGUUCAUCCUGGACGUUUGAAGCAGAACAUCAAGGCGCAGCCGAUUUACACUAUCAUCUACGAGCUUGAGGAGCAGUUGAAGAGCAUCACAGGCAUGGAUGGGGUGAGUUUGCAGCCAAACUCAGGUGCUCAGGGCGAGUACGCAGGUUUGCGGAUUAUCCGUAGCUACCUCGACUCUCAGCGCGGCCCUGACGAUCCUGUCCGUGACAUCUGCUUGAUUCCUGUUUCGGCCCACGGCACGAAUCCGGCGUCAGCAGCUAUGGCGGGCAUGCGUGUUGUCCCCAUCAAGUGCGACACCAAGACGGGCAACUUGGAUCUCGAGGACCUUCGGGCCAAGUGCGAGCAGCACUCCAAGCAGAUUGGUGCCAUUAUGAUCACCUACCCCAGCACCUUCGGUGUUUUCGAGCCGCAAAUUAAGGAGGUCUGCAACAUCAUCCACUCCCAUGGUGGCCAGGUGUACAUGGAUGGCGCCAACAUGAACGCUCAGAUCGGCCUUUGCAGCCCUGGUGAAAUUGGCGCAGAUGUGUGCCAUCUCAACCUGCACAAGACUUUCUGCAUUCCCCACGGCGGUGGUGGCCCAGGUGUCGGCCCUGUCUGCGUCAAGAAGCAUCUGGGUCCUCACCUUCCCAUUUCUACGCUCCACAACUACCCCAACCAUACCACAACGCAGGUGACCAGUGCGCCGUUUGGAAGCGCCGGUAUCCUCCCCAUCAGCUGGUCGUACAUUGCUCUCAUGGGCGCCGCCGGCCUCAAGAAGGCCACCCAGGUCGGCCUUCUCAACGCCAACUAUCUCCUCGCCAAGCUCAAGCCCCACUACUCGAUUUUGUACACCAACGAGCACGGCAGAUGCGCCCACGAGUUCAUCCUGGACGUCCGGCCUUUCCAGGCCACCGCCGGCAUCGAGGCGAUCGACAUCGCGAAGCGCCUGCAGGAUUAUGGCUUCCACGCUCCCACCAUGAGCUGGCCCGUGGCCAACACCCUCAUGAUUGAACCUACCGAGUCCGAGUCCAAGGAGGAGCUUGACCGCUUCGUCGAUGCUCUUGUCAGCAUUCGCGAGGAGAUUCGUGAGAUUGAGGAGGGCAAGGCCCCGCGUGAGGGCAACGUCUUGAAGAUGGCGCCUCAUCCCAUGGUGGAUAUCAUUGGCGGCGAUGGCGAGGAGGGAAGCAAGUGGGAUAGACCUUAUAGCCGCACCAAGGCUGCCUACCCGCUGCCUUGGCUCAAGGAGAAGAAGUUCUGGCCUAGUGUGGCGAGAAUUAACGAUACUUACGGAGAUACCAACCUUUUCUGCACCUGCCCUCCUGUAGAGGACACGACGGGCGGUAAUCUGUCUUCUGUUCAGACUUCUCAAUAG